AUGAAUGCAAUUAUGAAGGGUUUAUCUCGCCAUUCUACAAAAGAAUGGAUCAAUUAUUUCUGUUCCACGCAUUUUUGGGGUCCUGUUGCUAACUGGGGCAUCCCAAUUGCCGCAUUGGCAGAUUUAAAGAAGAAUCCCGAUUUGAUCUCAGGUCCAAUGACCGCUGCUCUGUGCAUCUACUCAGCAGUUUUUAUGCGAUUUGCAUGUCGUGUUGAACCACGCAAUAUGCUUCUUUUCUCGUGCCAUUUCGGAAACAUAUCUUUGCAACUCAUGCAGAUGGCCCGUUUUCUUAAUCACAAUUAUCUACACAUUAUGGAGGAUCCAACAUUCGAUUAUGGUCAAACCAAUACCACAUUUCUUAUGGAAAAAGUGGAGUAG